AUGGCGAGAGCAAGCAAGAGAAGUAGAGAAGGCGAUGGUAUCAUGGUGCUGACAAAGAAGCGUCGACUGAGAAGCGAGAGGGCUUGCAAGCUCACGGCCGAGGAGGUGAGGGACCAAAACUUGUACGGCGUGUGGGAGCACCACGACCUUCCGGACAACGUGUACCAGUGCCCAAGGUGCCAAUCUUACAACACGCGGUUCGAUUACUACAACAACGAGAAGAGUACUGGCAAGCGCGACCAGCCGCGUUACAUUUGUAGGUCGUGCAAGGGAAAAUGGACACAAGGUGGCAAGGUGAGGGACGUAUCGCUAUCGCCCACGGGUGGAAAUAAGAGAAAAUCCAAAGCUUUAAGGAGUCAUGAGGGAGGGGGUGCGUGUGACAAGGUCACUCCAGUCGUCCAAGAAGAAUUUAUAGGCGAAUCAUCGGGUCCAGGAGAGGAGGGUUUUGAUCAAACUACUUGUUGGGAGCAAGGUCAUGGUGUUGGUGAUUGUGCUCAACCUUUCUCACAUGAAACUUUUGAUCAAAUCAGUUGUUGGGAGCUUCUACCAGCCUUAGGUCAAGGGCCUGUUGGUGAUUGUGUGCAAGAAGUGUUUGCUCAAACUAGCGAGCUUGGCGAUGGAGUGUUUGCUGAUCAAGUUAGUCAGGAGUUUGUUGGUGGGGUUCAAGGUGGAGAUGUGCAAACCAAUUGCUGGGGGCAACCUCAAGAAUUCAAUGAUGUGUUUAUUGAUAUUGAGGGAUUUCUGGCAGACCUGCCAGAAAUACAAGCUUGCUGA